ACUUAAGACUUCACCUAUCUUAUUCUCUUUCUCUCUCUUUCUCUCUCUCUCUCUAUACACACCUCUAUAUAUAUAUUUAUAUAUAUAUACACACACAAUAAUAAUUCCAUAUAUAACAAUUUCAAACCCUCCACAUGUAGUAGAUGAAAGACAACAAACAAGUAUUAAACCUUAGCAGUCUUCAGACGAAACCCCUCACCACAAAUACUCUUUCUCUCUCAUAUACCUUUCUUUUCCUUUCCUUUCCUUUCUUUCUUUCUUUUCUUAUCUCCAUAAGAUCGAACAUGUCUGAUAUUGAACCCAAAGACCUCUACUACUACUCAUCAUCACCGUUCGGCCAUGAUCAUCAUCAAAUCAUGACCGUUGAUCGAGAUUUCAUCAGCUCCGCGGGCUCAUCUUCUUCUUCCUCCUCGCCCUUCAUAACCACCAUGCACAACACUCCCACUAACCCUAGCGGUUUCCUAGGGUUUGACAGUGGUAGUGUUGGUGGUGGUGGUGGUGGUUUCAUCAGCCCUACUAUGGAAGAUUUCUACUACUACUACAACAACUCGUCGUCGUUUAGUAACAACGCCACUACCACCACGGCUUUUGGGCUGUCGUCCUCUUCUUCCGACCAAGCUGCCGCUCUCAGCUCCGAUGAUCAGAAGCUAGGGUUGAUGAUGAUGAUGACGACGCCAUCGCCGCCAUUAUCGCCACCACAAGUGGCAGCGGUGGUGAGUAAUUGUAAUGAUAAUAAUAAUCACUCGAAUAUUAAUUCGCUGUCUUCUUCUUCUACCACUGGUGAUAAUCACGAUCAAGAUCAUGACUCUUCUAAUAAUAAUAAUAAUCGAGAUCAGAAGCGAAAAGGGUCCGAAGAUCGAGAUCAGAAGGAUCUGGAUCACGACGAUGAUGAUAGUAACUCUAAGAAAGUGAGCAAAGGGAAUAAUAAUAAGAACAAUAAUAAUAGUAAGAAAGGAGAGAAGAAGCAAAAGGAGCCACGAUUUGCUUUCAUGACAAAAAGUGAGGUUGAUCAUCUUGAAGAUGGCUAUCGAUGGAGAAAAUAUGGUCAAAAAGCUGUCAAAAACAGCCCUUAUCCAAGAAGCUAUUACCGGUGCACAACUCAAAAAUGUAGUGUGAAGAAACGCGUAGAAAGGUCAUACCAGGACCCCUCCACCGUCAUAACCACCUACGAAGGCACUCACAACCACCCACUACCCUCCGCCCUCCGUGGCAACGCCGCCGCCGCAGCCGCAGCCGCCGCCAUGUUCCCACCUUCCAUGACAUCGCUGAUGGGCGGCGCCGCUGCCGGUUUCCCUCAUCACCAGGAGUACAAUAGUCUGUUCGGACAAAUGCCUAAUAAUUACAUGAUUAACAAUAAUAAUAACAUAUUAUUAGGUGGUGGUGGCAGAUCAGGAUCAUCAUCAUCAACUAUAACAGCAUCAACGGCUGGGAUUUUAUCUCAGGCUGCUUAUCAUCAACAACAUGGUCGUGGUGAUGAUGAUUUUGGACUUUUGCAAGAUAUGGUUCCUGGUACCAUGUUCCUCAAACAAGAGCCAUGAUUAUAUAUAUAUAUAUAUAUAUGCAUGAUCAUAUAUAUAUAUAUAUGUGAUGAUGAUGAUGAUGAAGAUCGUAAAGCGUUUUUUUAUUAGUUCUGGUAAUCUCUUCUUGUAAAUAUAUAUUAUUAGUAGUAGUAAUUAAUAAUAAUGACUUUUGGCUUAGAGAGAUCGAUCUCGAUCGAUGGAUUAUUCAUCAUUUGAUAUGAUGGAUAUUAAUUGUGAUGCACUAAGUUUGUACGUACUUAUACGUACUUUAGACAAUUUUACAAAUAUAUAGAGACAUUUUCUUUCUUUUUUUGUUA